GCUUUACCAACAGUCCAAUUGGUGGCUGCGUCGCCCGCGUGGGAUGGGCUCUAGCAUUACACCGUCUUCCUGGUUCCCAUUGCUGUUUAUGAAUGCUAAAUAUCUUUCAUACAACAAUAUCAAACCAGUAAAAGUAGCCUAUGCAUUAUAAAUGCAGUUGAGAUUAACACCGUCGCGAUGGGUUUGCUGACGAUUUUAAAGAAGAUGAAGCAAAAGGAACGGGAGAUGAGGCUGCUAAUGUUAGGUCUGGACAACGCUGGGAAGACGACCAUCCUGAAGAAGUUUAAUGGAGAAGACGUCAGCACCAUCUCCCCGACGCUGGGCUUCAACAUCAAAACACUGGAGCACCGAGGGUUUAAAUUGAAUAUUUGGGACGUAGGGGGUCAGAAGUCACUGCGUUCCUACUGGAGGAACUACUUUGAGAGCACAGAUGGGCUGGUGUGGGUGGUGGACAGCGCAGACAGACUCAGACUGGAGGACUGCAGGCAGGAGCUCAGCUCACUGCUGCUGGAGGAGAGGUUAGCUGGUGCAACCCUGCUGGUGUUUGCCAACAAACAGGACUUACCAGGAGCCUUGUCAAAAGAGGCAAUACGAGAGGCGCUGGCUCUGGAUGAGAUCAAAAGUCAUCACUGGUGCAUCAUUGGAUGCAGUGCAGUAACAGGAGAGAACUUGUUAGCUGGAGUGGACUGGCUAUUAGAUGAUAUCGCUGCAAGGAUCUUCACCACGGACUGAGUGUGUGUGCGUGUCUCUGAAUGUUAUACCGUUAACAGUAGCCUUUUAUGGUUGGUGAGCUCAUUAAAUGUAGGUCUGAAGUAUCCAAAUAUUCCAGCUACUUUAAGUUCAGACAUACACAGAUCUUUGCCAUCUUGAUCCAUGUUUACAGGAGUCGCUGGCUUUUGGUUAAUAUUGAUAGUUGUAGGAAAAG